AUGCCCGGCGGGCUGCAGGCGGCCCUCUGCCUCCGCAGUCCUCUGCUGGCCGGAGAGAGAGCUCACACGGCAGCCGCCCUUGCUCAGCAUUGCACCCGCUCCUGCCUCCCUCCCCGCUGCACAAUUUGCUGGGCCCUGGCUCCGCGCCUGCCGCAGCCGCAGUCAGCCAGACCCGCCUUCGCCUUCCCGGGACAGCGACGCAGCAGGGGCCAGCGAGCGAGCGGCGGCAGCUCCAGCGCCUCAGCCGGCCCGGCCUUUCUCCCCUCCCCCCGCCCCUUCACCCCACCAGCGCCUCGGGAGCCGGGCUCCGGGCUCGCGCGGGCACCGAGGAUGGCGCGAGGCGGCGGUUGCCUGGGGCAACCCCGGCUGCUGCUGCUGCUGCUGCUGGGCGGCCUCCUGUGCCGGCCGGGCUGGCUUCCGCUGGCGGCCGCCCCGCAGGGCCGCGCUGGGCGGGGGCAGCCGCCGGCCCCGUGCCGGGCGCCGCUGCAGUGGGAAGGGCGCACGGUGGCGUACGAGCACAGCGGCGGCAGGAACACCAGGGCGGCGGUGUCCUACGACGGCCCCAGCCAGCGCCUCCGGCUCCUGGAGGAGAGAAAGGGGCUCAUCCCCUGCAAGAAAUUCUUUGAAUAUAUAUUUCUCUAUAAAGAUGCAGUGAUGUUUCAGAUUGAACAAGUCACAAAGCUGUGCUCAAAGAUUGCUCUGACUGAGCCAUGGGAUCCUUAUGAUAUUCCUGACAACUCCACUUAUGAAGAUCAGUACUACAUCGGGGGGCCUGGAGAUGAAAUUAUGGUACAGGAAUGGUCUGAUAGAAAACCAGCCAGGAAAUUUGAGUCCUGGGUUGGCGUUUAUACAGUCAAGGACUGUUACCCAGUGCAGGAAACCUACACCAAGAACUACAGCGUGACCACCUCCACCCGCUUUUUUGAUCUACAGCUGGGUAUUACUGACCCCUCUGUGUUUACCCCACCCAGCACCUGCCAGGAAGCCCAGCCAAUAAAGAUGAAAGAUGAAUGCUGAUUAUGGACAAUGGGUUGCCACAUGCAAACAAUAACAUGGAGGAUAAUUAUUAAUAAUCCGCAACUGACAUGUAACCUGAUUUUCAACCUGAUUUUUGCUCUUUUUGGAAUUGUGAUUUUUCAUUUGAAAGAGAACACAAUAUUUAAUUGAACAGGAAGGUAAGGUGUGUAACAGAAAGGAUAUCUUUAUUUCAGUGUUUCACUAAAUUAAACUCUGUUCAACGAUGCACUUGGUGUGUUUGUUACUGAAGAAGAAAUGUUUAUAGGCACUAUUUUAGCUGUGAAUAUUUUUUGAAAGUUUCAUUAUUUAAUAUUUUAAAAUACCAACACAAAAGUAUAUUGUGCUCCUAUUAACAUAAAAGAAAAGUUGUUUGGAGGGUUUUAUGGAGUUGGUAAAAUAUAUUCUGCUAAGAGCUUAACCGUAACCAUAAAAUGGCAUAGCUUAAAAAGACUACAUCAGAAUGAUUAAAUGCAUUCUCUUGUUUUUUUUAUCCUUGCUCUUCAAAAAGCUGUCAGUCAAGUGUACAGGGGUUUGAGGUUGUUGGGUUUUUUGCAAAGAAACCAGAGUGACUAUUCAUAUAAUACGAUAUGACUGAUGUAAUACUUUAAUGAGUGGAAAAUAAAAAAUUAAGCCAAAGUUUUUUUACAUUUACUAAUCCUUCAGUGAAGCCUUUCUGAUUAGACAUUUUUCUGUUUUAUUCAUUUCUAAUUCAUGCUUUGUCAAGGCAUUUUUGCUUUUAACCUAUGCAAGGAAAUUAUUAGAUGCUGCAUGCUGAAUUGCUAUAAUUGUCUGUAACUCCUAUUUUCAGAAGUCUUUCUUUUUUUCAGAGAGUAUGAAAGGCCUUUACAAUUUCAGGUAGAAGUAAAAAGCACCUGCUCCUGUCACCUAACUAGUCAAAGCUAUAUUAAUGCACAUACAGCUCCUCACAUUGCAAUUCAAAUGAAAAACCUAAAUGUGUGACAAAAGGGAAAAUGGUAUUUUAAAGGCCUUUUGCAUGGUAUGAUUACAAUGCACUAUGAGCCAAACACGAAUGACAAUCCUGCUUUUGUUUGCACACAUUCCUUUGAUCCCUGAACAUGUUCAUUGUUAAAUCAGCAUUCCAAAACAUUAUCAUCCACAUAUAGCUAUUUGCUGGUGGAAGGAAUGAGAGCUUAGUUAUAAAUAAAUAAAUAAA